UCACCGCCGCAUCCUCAGCUUCCUGGGCUGCACUUCUGCUGGUGUGUUCCUGGGAGCAGGACUCAUGCACAUGACUGCUGAAGCUCUGGAGGAAAUUGAAACACAGUUCCAGAAGUUCAUGGUGCAGAACAGGACAAAAAGUGAGGGAAAUUCUUCUGAGGAUGCUCAUUCAGCUCGUAUGGAAUAUCCCUAUGGAGAGCUCAUCAUCUCCCUGGGCUUCUUCUUCGUCUUCUUUUUGGAGUCGCUGGCACUGCAGUGCUGUCCUGGGGCUGCGAGAGGAUCAACAGUGCAGGAGAAGGAGUGCGGUGGGGCUCAUGACUUUGAACUCCACAGCCAUGGACCUCUCCCCUCAUCUUCACAGAGUCCCCUCCGAGCAUUCGUGCUCUUGCUGUCACUCUCCUUUCACUCAGUGUUUGAGGGUCUCGCUGUGGG